UCUCACAUCGGGAGUUAUCAGAGCGUGCAGGCAGGGAGAGUCAAAGCAGCAGCUAGGCUAGUAGUAGUAGUAGUAGUGGUAGUAGCAGUUCGCUGGGGGCUGCAGAGGGUCCUGGAUCUGACCUGAUUUGUCAAUUCGAUAACUUCACUGAAGUGUCGCUCCUCCAGGGAAUCAUUGGCUUAUAAUUUAGCAAUCAUGAUUCGGGCAGGGGACUCGCUCUUUCAUGUUUUGUGGAAGGAUAAUUAGGGCGCCUAAUGGAUUUAUCAGGAGUGCAAUUUGACAUCAAAGUGCAACAUCUGAGGAGGCUCUGAUUGUCCUGAGCUGUCUCUCCAUGGCUUAUCCAGAGCACUUUGAUUGGCUGAAAGAAAUCGUCAGUUUUUUGCCAGGUUUGCCAGGGUUUUCCAGCAUGUUUGGGAAGAAGAAGAAACGGCUGGAGAUCUCCGCCCCGUCUAACUUUGAGCACCGGGUCCACACGGGCUUCGAUCCGCGGGAGCAGAAGUUCACCGGGCUGCCGCAGCAAUGGCAGAGCCUCCUGGCGGACACUGCCAACCGCCCCAAGCCCAUGGUGGACCCCUCCUACAUCACCCCCAUCCAGCUGGCACCAAUGAAGAUAUCUCCCAAGAAAGUCCGGUCCUCCGAAACGCCGUUGCCCAAAACCAUCGUUCGAGGAAACCGGCCACCCAAAGAUGCAUCCAUCAACGGUCUGCUGGAGGAGUUUGACAACAUCUCAGUAACACGCUCCAACUCCCUGCGUAAAGAGAGUCCACCAGGUCCCCACCAGGCUGGAAGCAGCUCCAAACCCUCCAGCAGUGGUCAUCCCAACGCCCCAGAAGAGAAUGGAUUCAAUCAUUACUACUCCCGCUACUCCUGUGAUUUAGACACCUCCAGCAGGGACUUCUCUCUUGAUCCCAGCAGGCCAGGCUUCUCCAUAGAUGGGGACUGGGCAGUUGGGAGGCACUAUAGAUUCACCAAGCAGAAUGGUCACUCACACCCCAUACGCAGCCCCUUCUAUCCGGAUGCCAUGCCCCAAAAAUCAGACUAUGGCAAGCUUCCCCCGGACUACCACACCUACCUGGAGAGCAAAGGGCGCUCAGCGGAUGAGGUGGCCUCCACGGUGGGGAGUGGGGUGGGCUCCAGUGGCUAUUAUCGGGCAUCUGUGGGUGGCUCAUCCAGUCAGGACUACAGGGACACUUCAGUAGGCACGCCAUCUCGUGCCUCACUACACAGCGAGCAGAUCAACUACCCAGACAGUGAGUGGAGCUAUGGUGGCUUGCGAGACGAAUAUGAAAAGCGACCCAAGAGUUCCUAUGUGACGCAGACCAGCCCCACGCCGGCUAUAAGGCAGCGAUCUCGGUCAGGCUCUGGGCUGCAGGAGCCAAAUGUCCCCUAUGCAGCCAGCGGAGCUUUCAAGAAUCUACCACAGGCCCACUCAUACAGCUCCUACACCUACCCUCGCCUCUCAGAGAGUCUUGCUAACUCACAGACCUUAGCCAAGGGUGACUACGAGCAUCCUUUACGUGACGGCAGUCCCCAGGUUACGGGUGGUGACACCUACCCUAGAGGGCCUCUCAAGCAACCACAGAGCCAGAUCAAGCCACCAGGCUACCCCCCAGUACACCUACCAUACCCUCCUGUCUUUCACCAUUACAAACCAUCACCCUAUCACCACCCCCCUUCUCAGCCCAGCCCACCGUACACCCCGCAGGGGGCUUACUCACAGCCUUCAUCACCUUAUAUACCCCCGGGAGCCUACCCGCCUCCAUCCUGGGGGUCCAGCUCUGACACUCAACCCUCCAGAGUCUCUCAUGAGCAGUUCAGAGCUGCACUUCAGCUGGUGGUCAACCCAGGCGACCCUCGGGAAUACCUGGACAGCUUUAUCAAAAUCGGUGAGGGCUCCACGGGUAUCGUGUGCAUCGCCAGCGAGAAACACAGCGGCAAGCAGGUGGCUGUGAAGAAGAUGGACCUCAGGAAACAGCAGAGGAGAGAGCUGCUCUUUAAUGAGGUGGUCAUCAUGAGGGACUACCAUCACGAGAACGUGGUCGACAUGUACAACAGCUACCUGGUGGGAGACGAGCUGUGGGUCGUCAUGGAGUUUCUCGAAGGCGGGGCGCUCACUGACAUCGUGACUCACACCAGGAUGAACGAGGAGCAGAUUGCUACAGUGUGUUUGUCGGUGCUGAGGGCUCUGUCCUACCUGCACACACAGGGCGUCAUCCACCGCGACAUAAAGAGCGACUCCAUUCUCCUGACCAGUGACGGCAGGAUCAAGCUAUCAGACUUUGGCUUUUGUGCCCAAGUUUCCAAAGAGGUGCCCAAGAGGAAGUCCCUCGUGGGCACACCCUACUGGAUGGCACCAGAGGUCAUCUCCAGACUACCUUAUGGGACUGAGGUGGAUAUCUGGUCUUUAGGCAUCAUGGUGAUCGAGAUGGUGGACGGAGAGCCCCCCUACUUCAAUGAACCCCCUCUGCAGGCCAUGAGGAGGAUAAGAGACAACCUUCCCCCACGGCUAAAAGAGUCACACAAGGUGUCCUCUGUGCUGCGGUCCUUCCUGGACCUCAUGCUGGUGAGGGAGCCCUCGCAGAGAGCCACAGCCCUGGAACUACUCCAACACCCCUUCCUCAAGCUAUCUGGACCCCCUUCCUGCAUCGUCCCCCUCAUGAGACACUAUCGCCACCGCUGAUCUGCUGGCCAAGAAAAACACCUGCCCUCCUCUACACUAAAAACACACACAUACACACACACUACCAGGGUGGCACUGCCCUCACCCAGCCAAAACACCCCCACCGCUUGGUGGCAAGCCACUGACACUCACACCUGUAACCGUGAAGUAGAUUAGCUAGAGGAAUAUCUAAGAAACACAUUUAAAGAAAAAAAAAAAA